AUGCCUCGGUCAGCACGAUUCGUCCCCAACGACGAGAAAGAGAUCGAAGCACAGCACCACAACUUCCUGAGCGUGAUGCGUAUCUUCAACGACAGUGGUCCAUUGGCUGGCCGCACUUUGCCAAAAUGGUACUUGGAGCAUACGACUUUCACUCACGUUCGCCACAAGAAGAGAUAUCCUCACCCGAUUAAAGUUACAAACCAGUUGACCUCUCAAAGACAGAUGGGCAUCUUAAUAAACAUGUCUUGGCCCGCUUCGUGUAGGAGUUGGAACUGCAUGGCUCAAUAUCUUGGUUUCACUAAUUUCCAAGAUACUGCUGCAUACAUCGAUAUUGUUGAUCUCGUCCAUGAAUAUGCCCUUUUCAUCGAUGCGCCUGAGGAUUGCCGCGAUAUCCUGGAGGGCAACCAUCCCUUCUCACUGGCUUAG